AUCCAAGGCAAGGAACAAAUUCAUGUGGGGUUAAUUAAUUAGUAAACAUGACACCUCCAUAUUGGGCAUCUAAAAACUGAAAUUAACCUCUAUCUCUACAUUGUCCAAGCCCCACUCUAUUUCAAUCAUAACCAAUUUUCGAGAACCAAAUACCAUUCCAUUAAAACAAUCCCAGCAAAAUGGCACUAAGCAACAACGUCAUAGGCGCCAUUAACUUCGUUGCGGUGCUCCUCUCAAUCCCAAUCAUCGGUGCCGGAAUCUGGCUAACAACCGAACCAGCCGAUUCAUGUGUCAAAAUUCUACAAUGGCCAAUCAUAAUCUUGGGGGUUCUUAUAUUUGUUGUGGCUCUGGCUGGGUUCAUAGGGGCCUUUUGGAGAAUCCCCAUGCUUCUCGUAUUUUACCUCAUUGCCAUGCUUGUGCUUAUUGUGUUGCUGGUUUCCUUGGUGGUUUUCACCUAUGCCGUCACCCUUAGAGGCCGUGGCAACAUUGAGCCCAAUCGGUCUUACUUGGAAUAUCGCAUGGAUGAUUUCUCAAUUUGGCUUCGUCGAAGGGUGAGGAGCUCCAGCAAGUGGGAUGGCAUCAGAAGCUGUCUUCGCUCUUCGAAUAUAUGUGCUGACUUGGAUCAACAGUACCGAACGGCUCAGGAAUUCUUUAAUGCACACCUAACCCCAAUUCAGUCAGGGUGCUGCAAGCCACCAACAAAAUGUGGUUACACGUUUGUGAAUCCAACGUAUUGGAUUAGCCCUAUCAACACGGCAGUAGACAUGGAUUGCAUGAAAUGGAGCAACGACCAUGCACAGCUUUGCUACAACUGUGACUCGUGUAAAGCUGGAUUGUUGGCAACCCUUAGGGUGGAGUGGAGAAGGGCCAAUGUGAUAUUGAUCGUUACUCUAGUUGCUUUAAUUGCGGUGUAUUUGGUAGGAUGUUUUGCAUUUAGGAAUGCCAAGACAGAGGAGCUCUUUCGCAAAUACAAGCAAGGCUACUCUUGAGAAGAUGAAUAUGUUUGAUACUUUGAUUUGAGGCAUGGACUAGAUUAUGAACACUAAACAGUGGUGGUGGAUUGUGAAAUUGGGUCAUUUUGUGUUCUCUUAAUUGUUGGAUUUUUUUUUUUUUUUUACUACAGAAAAACGAACAAAUCCACGUAAAAUGUAUGACUUUAGUCUUACGCUUUAAUUUUAAAUCCGAGAAUCUUUUGUGAGUAGUA